CUUCGCACCAGAGUCGCUGCCAGUUUUACAUGGCCAGCUCCCCAUCGCUGCCUUGCAGGGAAGAGGACUUGGCGAAGAACGCGUCUUGUGUCUCGAUGUCCAAUGUACCCGUUGCAACAGAGACGCCGCCAGAGGGGGGCGAUAUCCCCGUGCUUGGCGCGGACGAGACGCCGUCCGCCCCCGCUACCGAAUGCGAGGAAAAGAAGAAGACGAAGAUCCCACCCAUCGUGUUCGUACCGCUUCUUGGUGCCUUUGUCGUCAUCACAGUUGUCCCAUCUGUCGUGAGCAAUCUCAUGAACAAGUCGUCGUCGUCGUCCCCGACACCAGCACCGCCCUCACCAACAACAGCGCCAGGCUACGGGGGCAGCGGUACAAAGGGAUGGGACUUCACGCCGGCGCCAGCGACCCCAACACCCACCCCGUCUACACCAACGUACGCCAUCUCGACCGAGUUUGCCAGCCUGUACGCUCAAGCCAACAUCACUGGCGUCGCACUCGGCAGCCUUCAGGCAUCUCCUUGGGUUGCCCUCAACCAAACGACCAUCUACUCGUCCCAGAGCUCGCUUCUCGAAAACAGCACGUCGCAUUUCAGUGGCGUCACAUCGGACGCCAGUGGUAACCUCUACGUGUCCGACUUGACUCAGCCCCAGAUUGUACAGCGCCCUUGGAAUGCCACAACUUCAACCACUUAUGCCGUCCUGACCAACACGACCAGCGGGCUUUUGCAACCACGUGGCUUGACCAUGUGCGCUGGUGUUCUAUUUGCCCUCGACAGCGGCUACAUCAAAAGCGUUAACAAGACGACAGUCAUGGCCGUUGUCGCGGGACUCUCUACGACCGCUACGAAUCUCGCCGCUGAUAGCACGGGCUCUUAUUUAUACAUUGCCGACACGGGCGCCCACUGCAUUCGACGCGUCGCCCUCGCAAACUAUGUCCUCGAGACGUAUGCCGGCAGCUGCGGUAAUGGAGGCUACGUUGACGGCCCGCGCUUGUCGUCGCGCUGGAACUCGCCAGGCGGUGUCACGGUCGACGUGUACGGCCACGUCUACGUCAGCGACACUGGGAACCACGUCGUGCGCAAAGUGGACAGCGUCUCGUCUACCACGUCGACACUCGCAGGGACGCCCGGCGUCUCGGGCCUUCGCGACUCGAGCGGCACCUUGACGACUAGCUUGCUCAACGCACCGCUCGGCCUCGUCAUUAAUGGAACGCUUAGCUGGCAAGUGCUCGGCAACAGCGCCUUCAACUUGUAUGUAGCCGAUACUGGCAACAACUGCAUACGGCGCAUCUCAAAGCUCUCGUGACUAAACCAAGAAAUAAACAACAACCCCUAAUGACUCUAAUCA